UUUCUCAAUAAUAUUGUAAAUAUUAUGCACGCAUAUACAAUUGAAAAGCCGAUCUAUUAACGGUACAUUAUCAUAAUAACUAAAGCUCGUAGUAAAUAAGUGAAUACAUUAAUCAAAACAGUGAUUGAUGUUGGGCAAGUGGAUGUUGAAAAGUGAUGUUGGAAAGAAAAGCGAAAUGCCUGUGUUGAAAUUUACGCUCACGGUUUUAGCGGUCGCAGGAUGUUGGCGACCAACAUCGUGGACAUCGUUGUUUAGACAUAUAAUAUAUAAUGCUUACACAGCGUCGAUAAUUUUAAUAUUGUACAUAUUUGCAAUAACCCAAAUCAUGGAGAUGGUGUUGAAUGCCGAUGACAGUGACACAUUUGGCGACGCCUUGUUCAAUGCCCUAAUUUCGCUUCUGGCGUGCUAUAAGGCAAUUAUUAUACGAAUAAAUCAUGAUAAUAUUACAAUAUUAAUUGAUAAUCUCAUUGAAAAGCCAUUCAAACCGAUGGAUAUAGAUGAAAAUAUUAUUCGAGAGAAAUUUGAUAAGAGAGUAACUCUCGUCUUGAUAACUGCCUCUUAUAUGAUUUUAAUUUCAUUAUUCACGGAUCUCAAGAAUGGGACUUUAAUGUACAGAGCAUGGUUACCGUUUGACUACUCAAUAUCUUCGCUAUUUUAUCUCGCAUAUACUCAUCAGAUAAUGGCUUUAAUAUGUAUCGGUCUUGUCCAUCCUACAUGUGACAACUUAAUUUGUGGAUUAUUGUUACACAUUUGCUGCCAGAUCGAGAUUUUAGAGCACCGUUUAUCAAACAUCGCGAAUAAUCGAGGAAAUCUGCGCGAUUGUGUACGACACCACAUACGUAUAUUUGAGUAAGUUUUU